AUGGCAAUACAAACAAAUUCAACAAAAAAUCCCACAGAACGAAUACUUUAUGAUAUAGAUGUAGUCGCUGUUUGGAAACCAGAAGAUGAAUUAGGAGACCAAGAAGCUAAUUCCCAAGUUAAAUUACACACCAACCCGAAUGAUCCUUCUUAUUCCCAGAUACCGAGGAGUAUGUUUAAACAAGUUACGCAUCGCCUUGUUCGUAGUCUAGAAAAACUUGCAAUUUCUACUACGGUACCACGUGCGCUUAUCCAGGCACGUCCAAAAGUAACUUCUGAGAUAAUUAUGCAGCUAUCACCUAAUGGUUUAUAUCUAGCCGUGUCGAGUGAUCACAAAAUAGAAAUACGAACAAGUAAAAGUGGAUUCGAAACGAAUCAUUCGAUUUUUAUUUCUAGGAGAGAUACUUUUCCAAAGUGGAGACGAUUGUCAUGGAGUCCGGAUUCUAAAAUUUUAGCAGUUGCAAGAAGCGAUGGAACAAUUGAAAUCAUUGAUGAAAAUGGGGGAUUGGUUUGUGUCAUAUUAUCUAGCACCAACAUUAACUCUGAUGGUGAGAAAGAUGCACAGGGUGGAUCAAGUUUUUUCCUCGAGCCGGUAGCAUUUUUAUAUUUUGUUGAUCCGAAACGCGGUUUAAAUAGCACAUCUUUAUUUGACGGAUAUUCGUACCAGUAUGAAUUAUUAGUAGUCACCUUUGAUGGUAUUUUACGUAGCUAUUUAAUUAAUACGGUAGAAUCAGCAUUUACAGACAUCAAAGAAGCUUCGCGUCAUACAAGAUCCAAUAUGACUUAUUCACGUGAAGGACCUUCCGACCCUGGUUAUUUUGCCUUUUAUCAUAAAUUUUCAUUUAAGCAAUGGUUAUCUACUAUUACGUGUGGUGCCGUUGUAACUUGGAAUGGAUUAGUAUUAUGCCUUGGUGGUAAAUCAAGUUUUGAGAAUAAAGAUGAUUCAACAUCACCUUCCGUUACAUGCUGGAUGUUAUUGCCGGAAAGACCAUUUUAUCGAAAACUUGAAUUGGAAGGUUCAGAUGACGGUUCCAUAGAUGAUGUAUUACAUUUAGACCAGGGAACGGUCGAUGAUUCUGGGUUCUUUUAUCGUUUAAUAAAUAUUUUUUCAACCUGGCGUAAUACCAACAAACUUUUCACUGACGAAAUUAUUCUCAAUACGGUGUUGUCUCCUAAUCAACAGAAUUUAUUAACUUUAGACUUUUCUGGUACAGUAAAAUUAUGGAACUUAUCUUUAAACAAAGGGCUUGAGUUAAAUAAAUCUUGGGAUCAACCUGAACUUAAUUAUUUUGCUAGGGGUAAAGAGUUUAAGGAUUUGUCGUUAGAAGUGUUUAUUGACAAAAUUUUGGAAAUCGAGAGUGAGGGUGGUAUAAUUGCUGGUAUUCCCGGAUUUGAUAAUGGAAAAGUUGUAUCAAUUGGUUGGUGGUCAGAUAAUGCCAUCAUUUUAGGUUACCAAUAUGGUUCAAUGAUUAUUGCCUGUCUUCCAGAAAUGAUCAACAUAUUGGGUGAAUCUCCGGAAUCUUUUAAAUCUUGUCGUGAGAUUACUAGUCAAUGUAGUGAUCGUUUUCUUGUCAUUGAACAUGAAGUCAAAGCUGUUAAAGCUCGAAUGAUUAAUGAUGGGUUUGUUCGAUAUUCAAGGGAACAGGAAGAAGGCGAUAUGGAAGAUGAUGAAUCUGAUGAAUCUGAAUCUCAAUUAAGCAGAUUAAUAAGUGUUUUAGCGAAUUAUUUACAUCAUGUGACUGAUACUCUCUUGUGGCAUUUUGAAAAUGAUCCUUCAGAAUCUCGUGGGAAAAUCAUAACAGUCUCUAGAAAGACGUAUUGUCUUAACCGUAUCUCCAAAAUUUUGCCUCAAGAAUUAUUAAAUCGUAAGAUAAACGCGUUAGAUUACGAUGAUGCAUUGGUGAUAGCUGAAACUUAUGAUCUGGAUACAGAUAUUAUAUACCAGGCCCGAUGGAAAGAUGCCGAAGUUUCUGAAGCUGCAAUUCAUGAUUACCUUGAUAAAAUCCGCGAUAGAGAAUGGGUACUUUCUGCUUGCAUACAUACGUUCAGUAAUACCCCUGAUUUGCUAAGACUCUUAUUGAAUUAUGGUUUGAAAGACACAGAUAUUUUGGUAGAAAUUUUAAAUAAUGGAACUUCAUAUAAUAAGGAUGAAAUAAUUAAAUCAUUGCGUGAACGUCCAUUCGAAGUAAACUCCAAGAUGGAAGAUUUUCUGGGAAAUUUACAAAUAUCUGAAAAAGAUGUCAUUAUAUGUCAAUAUAGACAUUAUUUUCUAAAAUAUUUGGACCGUUUACGCACAUAUGAGAAUAUUAUCGAAGAGAAAACAAAACAUGAUAUUGAAAAUAGAACCAUGAAGGAUUUUGCAGAAGAAAAUGACGGUUGGAUUACUUUUGUUGAUUAUACCUCAACGUUUGCUGAAGAUUACGCCGUAUUUCGUGAUUUGAACAUUGCGGCUCUAGCUAUGGAUUAUGCAACUGAAGAAUUUUUCAAGGGUUUAAACAUUCUAUUUACCCGUCACGGACCUGAAACUUUACCUUAUCGCUUCACAAUCCUUGAGCAGAUUCCGGAAACAGCUGAUCCUGAUGAGUAUGAAUCCUUCUUACCUAGCGUUACUUCAAAUGGUAAUAAUGGUGAUCUUGUUGAAUGUUCGUGGAAUGAGCAACCUUGGAGAGAUAUAGAUUGGGUCGAUAACCCAAUAUUGAAAAAGCGAAUUUUACCCGAAUUAGAUUUAUCAAAAGAAUCAGAUGUUGGAGGGAUAAGAUUAAAACCAGUCGAAUAUCCGGCCCGAUCAACUCUAAUUACAAAUUGGUAUAUUGAUCGUGCUCAUAGAAUUGAUAGUGUUUCGGGGCAAGUUGAUAAAGCUCUCAUACUUGUUCGUCACGGAAUCAAAAAAAAAGUAGUGAAUCUGGAGACAUUGGAAGAAAACCUAGAUAUGUUGGCUAAGCUCGUUUACGAUUGCUAUCCAGAUUUAGAAUCAGUUAGUAAAAGUAUGUCAUUGAAAGAAUUUGAAGCGUUGACUGAAGCCGAAAUUGUUCAAGUUUUUCUUCAACAUACUAACGAAAAACGGAUUGUUAAUGACAUUAAAAAUUUCAUCAUCCCCUUUUUAAGACUGUUACCUGCUCGCCGUGCUCGAUUAAAUCACAUUCUUAAAGACGAUUCCAAUGAUAAAGUAUCAAUUUCGAAUCCAGAAAGCGAACCGAUGAGCCUGCUCUAUAAUUAUAUUUUGAAUAUUUCAUUAUCCAAUUUAGAAUUAAGUUGUACCAUUUUUGAAGCAUCUAAACCGGUUUUUAAUAUAGAAGAACGAAUUAUCACUUCUGAUGAAGAUCUUGCUAGGGUAGCUCUUGCAUGUCUUUACGGAAAUUCUAGCACUGAUAAUUGGGAAGUUAUGACUCGUAUUUAUGAAUGUCUCCCAAUAUUUGAUGUGGAAGGAAAUCGAACUAGUUUAGAAGUUAAUUCACUUCAAAGUUACACCCCAUAUGAACUUUUCCCAUUAUUAUUAAGAUAUCACGUGUAA